CCUAGACCCGCGAACGUGCGUAAGCUAGAUAAAUGCGCACAUAAACGCUCAGGAGGCGUGCCAAUGGCACGCCCCAACCACUAGUCCAGUACAAUAGUCACACAUAACAGCAGACUCUGACUAUUACUACUAUCUCCGGUUUAGUCUACCAGAAUGUCUUAUAUUUUGGAAUGAAGGUAGUAGUUGAUAGGCUGCUUUCUCGGAAUUCGCCCCAUAUCGUCUUGCUGCCCCUGUGAUCAACUUCCGGAAUCGGCUGCCCACCUUACCCCUUGUGUGAUCAUGUGUAGUAGUCAAUGAAAAUGCAUAACACCUGCUAGUUGCAGUAAAAAUAGAAAAAAAAUGACGGAAACUUCAAUACACCAGGGAAGUAGUUGUACUCUGCUGAUUUGGCAAGAACAUGAGCUGCACAUUUACAGUAUCCAACAUCUGGAUAUCACACAUUUACAGUACUAGUAAUAAUGUACGUGCAAUGCACGUUUAUAUUAGAUAGGAUAUUAGUUGCACGUUAUAUUAGGUAAGAUAUAUCUGUUGCACGUUGGUAUUUAGUAGUAUAUCAAUUACUUUUUCACGGGAAUGGUAGGAUAUUAAUUACAUGUCAUAUUUCAUGGGAUAGCGUUGAGUCAAAAUGUGUUUAUAACCAAUGGCAGUGGUGGGUAAUUAGAGCGUUAAACGUGUUUGGUGCUCACCAUUGAAGGGAUUUAAACCGUUAGAUAACAUGAUUUGACGGUUGAGAUGGUUUAGAUCUGUCCCUUUGGGUCUUUUUAUAUUGGUAUAGAUGUGUGUACUAAUGCACUACUGGUUGCACUUGCAUUUAUAAAGAUAUAUUCGCAGUACUAAUGCCCAUAUAUCCAACAUUUGGAUUCCCACAUCGAUACCCAUCUCAGACACUCAAUGCAAGCUCGAAGGAACAUCCAUAAAUAGCAGGCUGACGAGUUCACAUCGAUCCCAUACCAUCACAUCGAAAACAAAGCAACGCGAAGCCUAAUCGUGUUCGUGUUGGCCAUGGGGUUCAACAGAGCACAGUUGUUUGGUGCCUUCGCCCUGGGCUUGCUCAUCAUGAUCCACAGUGUGGAGGCGGUUAAUCCCCGUGCCCGGAUAUGCCAUUCCCCUAGCCAUCUUUAUAGUGGCUCAUGCAACAACAGGAAAUGCACGGAGACGUGCCACCACGAGCACUUCACCGGCGGCUACUGCACACGUAGAGGGGUUGUUAAAGAACUUCACUGUCAAUGUACCAUGAGAUGCAGCAGCAAGCAUAGUCCUCCACCGCCGUCGGAAGUGCCGCCACCGCCGCCGUCCAAAGUGCCACCACCACCAAAUGUCAUGCCGGCCAGAAAAAUCUCUGGAGGCAUGAACUACUGACUUAAAGGAUCAUUUUCCUGUCUCCAUGGAAAUGUUCAAUUUGUAAGGAAUAAACAUGCAUGAUUGAUCGCAUGAAAAUAAUUUGAA